AUCACACUGCUGACAUCCACUGACGAGGUCACACACACAACCAAGAGGUCGCAAAGCCAGUCUUCAUGACAUCUACCUUUCACGUAGAGAAUAUAACAAACAUAUCUUCUAUUUAAACCCGACAGUCAUGUUGUUCGAGGCCGCACCGUUUUUAAAGUGUUCGAACCCCAAAUUGUCAACGAUGCCAGCUAGCCUGUACAAUGAGAUGAAUCCAAGUGCGAGCUACGAGGAACAGCGCGCACUGCAGUUAGCCUUCGAACUCUCGAUGAUGGGGUUGAACGGUACCGAGGAGGAGAAUGGUUCUGUCGGGAACAGUUCGUCAUCGUCAUCCGGGAUGGAUUUGGAUGCUGCGAGGAAAAGAGGCAGUGCUAACAUGACGGAAUGUGUACCAGUACCCAGCUCAGAACACGUGGCCGAAAUCGUCGGACGACAGGGAUGCAAAAUUAAGGCGCUGAGAGCGAAGACAAACACAUACAUCAAAACCCCAGUUCGAGGUGAGGAACCUGUUUUUGUAGUUACUGGUAGGAAAGAGGAUGUGAAUGCCGCAAAGAGGGAAAUUCUGUCUGCAGCUGAACAUUUCAGUCAAAUUCGUGCUUCUCGUCGCAACAGCAGUGUAUCUUCAGUUUCCGCUACUACCACGCCAACAAAUGGCACAACUCUAACCACAGGCCCCCCAAGUCCCAAUGCUCCAGGACAGGUCACAAUACAGGUGCGUGUUCCGUAUAGAGUUGUGGGUCUUGUUGUUGGUCCUAAGGGAGCCACCAUCAAACGAAUCCAACAGCAAACACACACAUACAUAGUCACUCCCAGUCGUGACAAGGAACCAGUGUUUGAGGUCACGGGACUCACAGAGAAUGUGGAGAAAGCCAGACAGGAAAUCGAAAGUCACAUUGCUCUCAGAACAGGAGGAAUUAUGGAUUCUCAGAAUGAGGAUGAUUUUCGCAGCAAUGGUGUUGAUUCAGGCUUCCAUGAGUUGAAUGGAAGUGGUGAUUUCAAUGGAUAUAACAAAUCACCCAAUGGAGUUAAUGGUACAUGUGCUUUCAACAACAUGCACAAUGCCCUGAACAGCGGUUGUCCACCCCCUCAAGACACCAAUAUUUUCAGUUUCCCGCCGGUGAAUACUAACACUAAAAUCUCAGAAUUUGCUUCCAAUGGAAAUGGAUUUGGCAAUGGUUUCAAUGGCUUUAACAUGUACGACAACGACGAAGGGAUUGGUGGUUCGCCAUCAUUUGAUCCCAUCCUACCUCCUUCCUACAUGUGGGGGGAGUACAAUGACAAUCGUAACUCGACUCUAGUCUCCUUGUUCACUUCCACCUCCACCAGCAUGCCGCGGCGUAGCAGCAGUCUCAACGGUGGUCAUCGACUCUCCCCCACCCUCACCGACUCGCCCUCACCUCCACACAGUGGCAUAGGGUCUGGGUCCGACAGGUCAUCUCCCUCGCCUCCAAGUGACCAUGCCCUUGUGCGGAGAAUCAGGAGCGACCCUCUUGCCAGUGUGACAACGACUAUGUUUGGAGCCACCCCCAGCACGACGUUCACGCCUACCUCGAGUGAGGAUGCAUCGGUCAUUUCCUGCACCAGUGCUCUGACCGUUCCCCCCAUCGCCUCGGUUGUGGACGUUUCCCUGGCCAGGAAUGGCGGAAUUACUUGCCCAGUUUCGGUACCCACCUUGAAUGGCCGCCCUAGGAGGCAGUGCUUUAUGUGCUCAGAGAGCGAUAUUGUGGCGGCACUAGUGCCAUGCGGCCAUAACCUGUUCUGCAUGGAGUGCGCGAACCUGAUCGUUGAGAAACCCCAGUUGGAGCGGAGCUGUCCUGUAUGCCAACAAGCACCGACUCAGGCCAUCCGCAUCUUUUCUUAAACAGCAGGAUGUGUAAUAUAUAUAAAUAUAUCUAUAAAUAUAGGUGAUUAUCAACUCAAAUCUUAUCCUACAUUCAGGAAUAUUGCUCUAUUAUCAUUUCAAGUUGUUCUAUAUAUUAUUAUAUAUAAGAUAUGGAAUAUAUAAUUAUAGACUUUUCACAGAAUGUUUUAACAGAAAUCUCAUCUUGUAUAUCAAAGACAACAUUUUCACCAUUAAUAUAUUAAAUAUUGUUUUUAUGAGAUUAUUAUUAUUAUAUUAUUAUUAUUAUUAUUAUUGUACUUGAAACAGUUUAUGAGUUAUUAUGGACACCUGAUGUAUACAAAGAUCUUUGUUUUCAUGUUGUGUACAAUGUAUGUCUAUUAUUAUCAAGUCUAUUCCUUUAAUAUAGCUGUGCAACAUUGUUUUUACUUUUUUUUAAAGAUUUUUUUAAUUUGACUAUUAUUAUAACAAAUAGAUCUUCAUAAAUGAUAUCCAUGCAAAGAAGUAUUAAUAUUUGUAACAUAAAUUUAUCAGAGUAUUUUAUUCUUGGAAUUCAAUGUGCAUUUUCCCCAUUAUUAUUAUUAUGUAUACCGUGACUUGAUGACCGUAUCGAGCUGUGUUGUUUAAGGCCAACGCCUAGCUGGUCUGAGCUUUAUUAUGUGUUGUAAUGUUACUGUGUAAGUAUCUCUCAGCCACUGGGGGAUUGUAGUUAAGCCUAUUACUCUAUAUACAUUAAUACAUUUUAUUGACUCAUAUAUAUAUAUGUAUACAUAGUCUGUUAUAAUGAACUGUUGUGAACAAUUGUAAAAACAGUCAUUAAGUAAAUGACACAUAACAUCUUUUUGCAAGCAUUUUGAUUAAAUUUUUUUUUUUUCCAAUAAAUUGGAUAUAAUAGUCCGGGAGAAAAUAAAUUGGUUCAAUUUGCAGGGAUAGGGCAACCAUGACUUAUCAUAAUCAAUUUUUAAUCCAUCAUCUUUGAUUAAUUUCUAACGGGGUAAGAGCAAAUGAUUUAAAACAUUAAUAAAUAAACAGUGACGGAAAAAGAUGGGUUGAUGUUUGGAUAUUGAUUUUUCUAAUCCAGUGGUAUGUAGGGGGCGGGGCUGGAUGUUGUACUAGUACCCUAUUAUUAUUGAUGCCAAAGCGACACACCUACUGGGACCAUUAUAAUUUAUGUCCUAUAUAAAUGUUUAUAUAUAUAUAUAUAUUGCAUGUUGAACUGAGACUACAUACAAAAUACAGAUAAGCAGGACUUUGUCUGAAUCUUGAUAUAAACUGACCAAGAUUUGAAAGCUUGAAAUAUUUUUUUAAGAGAUCCAUGAAUAUGUUUUAAUUUUCUAAAAUUACCAGUGACAAACUCCUGCUCAAUGGAUAAAUGUGUAAAUUGGUAAAAUAAAUGUUUUCAGGAAUUUUUUUUUUUUUUGAUUAAAUAACUUGCUUAUGAUCUAGUUUGUAGUAAUGCUCCGACAUUGAUGUGUCGAGAGAGUAAUUAUUAACUGUUAGAAAUGGAUUUUUUGUUGCCAUUAUUUUCUCCCAACAACUAUUUGUUGUGUUGUCAAGGUUGAUAGUCCCAUUAAUUUCGCAUUAUAUAAAGGUGUAUGCAAAUUAUAUGCAUAUAUUUUGCAUGCAUUACAUUGUGCUGGUGCACAUAAGAUUAUAUAUAUAUUAAUAAUAAUUAUAUAUUACUCACAAUAUUAGUGCAGUCGAAUCAAAUACAUUUGCAAGUUAUUUUUGCUACCAGUUUUGUGAAGGGAUUGAGAAAUACAUGUCAAGAGGAAAUAUAAACCUAUAUAUUGUAUGUAUAUUUGCACUGAAAGAAACUUUUUUUUGCAAAACCAAUCAACAUUUCGUAUUUGAAGGGGAUGUGAAACGAUAAACACCGAGAUGUAGUGUAACCAGGUAUAAUUAGAAUGUCUUCCAAAGCUGUCACCAGGUCUGUUCGAGACCUACUUUGUUAUGAACCAUUUAAUAGUAUCUGGUAUAAAUUUGUGAAUAAAUUGUUUUUAAGUUUACUCGGUGUAAAUUUAGUAAAAGUCGGUUGACUUUACCAUAAUUUCUAAAUUGGUCUGUAGAAAUCCAUUUUGAAUAAGGGGACAGUCAGUAAAAGUAAAAACCAAGAAUAGAUAGAAAGUGAAACCAAGAUACAAAGUUACUGGAAAGUGAAAGUUGACAUGGAAACCGGGGCACAAUUUUUUGACAGAAAUUUGGCACCUAUGCAAUCGUAAAUUCCAACUUCUAUAUUUAUAAAUUGUACUGGGCUCAUAAUAUGUUUAUCAUUUAUUCUGUUAUAUCACUCGUGUAAUUAGGCUAGACAAAUUAUGUCUUUGUUUCUGGUAGCCCUAAUGUUGUGUAUGAUACAACCUAACUUCCCUGAAACCCAGUCUACGUUUAGUUACCAUUCCUAAAGAAGAAAAGUUGAGGCUUAGUUUGACAAAGUCUGUAUGAUGUCUGGAUGUAUAUAUGUUCUAUAUAUUUUAUAUAAAAAGAAGAAAACUCCACCUAAAGUGUGUAACACAAUUCCCCCUGGCCGUUACCAGAAACAUAGACUUAGUUAUGUAUAGCCAUGUGGAAUUUCAUUUUUAACGAUAUUUCAAAAUUGAAGUUCAAUAGCUAUAGGCAGUAGUUUUCCUGUAUCAUUUCUAUCCUCUUAUCUAGCAACAGCACAAUUUCUAUGCAACUUCGUCUUCUUUUCAUUCAAAGAGUUCUAGUCGUAUUGAGAAACAAAAUUGUACUGUUAUAAUUUGUUUUAAUUUCAUAUUAUUAUAUACCCGAUCAAACAUGUAUUGAUGCAUCGACUAUUUAAUUAUCCUUUUUCCAAAGAUUAUUUAAUUUGCAUAAUGAAUUUUUUGUCUUUACUUUUUUUUUUAAAAAGAAAGAUAACUUGUAGAUGUUGCUUCCAAUAUGAUGUUGGCAUCAGGAUUUGAUGUUAAUUUUUGCAUUUAGUUUUGAUAUUAAAGCUGAGAAAAACUUUACAACUUAUUGAAAAUGCAGUGUAUAUGUCCAUGUGUAUCAGGGAAGGUAAUGCCAGACAUAAAGUGGGUCAGGAACCUAGAAUGCAAGGGGAAUAAGUUGGGUCACAACAUCUUGUUUGGUUCAAGGUCACCAUGAUCUCAGAAAUUUUGUCCAGAAAGCUUAGAGCCAAAUAUUAACAUGCAAGUCAUUGUCAAAUGGUGGCUGUGAACAUGCAUUUCUAUGUCAUGUAGCCCUGUGUUACAUAUAUUUCGUAUUGAUUCAAGCUAAUUAAAGCUAAUUUUAUAAAUUUGAAAAAAAAAAAAUUGUUAAAAAAAUAAUAUGAAAUAUUUAGGAUCGUACAAUUUUAAAGAAACUUUUUUUUUUUUAAUUUGGCCGAGUGACUAUGGAGCUUGUGUGGAUAAAUGUUCAGUGGGAUUGCCUAGAAAACAGGUUCAGUAUGUUGUCAAAAUAAUAUGUCAUUGUCCGUUCGUGGACUACUCUACAUAAUGAAAUCUGUACAUUUCUGUAGUGCUAAGCCAGUAAUUAACACACUUUAUAACCAAAUAUCUAUUUUAGAUUAAGUUGUUUGAUCAGUAUAACUAUUUGAAGCGAUUGUUGGAAGGAAAGUUGUGGAUUAGCAAUUGUUUACAAUCUAGUAAUAUAUUGGUUCAUGAAGUCUGUUCUAAAUAUGCAAACAAUCUUAAUUUAAGUUUAUUGGUUUUGUUGAGAUUUUUUUUUUUUUUUUUUUAUCAUAUUUUAUCCCACUGUCAAAAUAUUUUAUAGUCCACAAUGAAGACACUUUAUUUUACUCUACAGUAUAUUAUUACAAAGAAGUUAAAAAUUUGAUCACCCAGAAAGGGUUCGUUAUGAUUAGUUAUAUACUGAGUUUAUUAGUUAGAAUGACAUUAUGCCAAUAUUAUGUAUGCAAGUUGAUGAAAAUUUUUCCAAAACUGGAAAAGGUGCAGAUGUUGAUGCUUUCAAGACAAAAGUAUAUAUAAUUUGUAUAAAAUUGAAUCUUAUCAAUUUGAAAUAAUUUGUCGUACAUUUCAUAGUUUAGUGUUUUCUAUUUUAAUAUUAUUUACCGACAGUUCAGUGAGUGGCUGAGAGCGAGGGAGGAAGAUUGUGUGGUAGACGGGCUUGUCCAAGCAAGCAGGGAGGGAGAUGGAGUGUUCAGGUUAUAAAUACAGAGAUUUUUUAUUUUGAUGGUACUUCGAGAGAAGACCAAUAUACUAUUAUAUUUGGUGAGAAAUCGGAAAAGAAAUUUAUAAAUAUGUAAAAGUUUUAUUUUUCUGCAAUUAAAAUUCUACCUAUAAAUAC